CGGAGGCACUCUGUCUACCUCAUCACAAGUCUCCCUACUAUUCUCGUCUUGAUAUCUCCUCCUUUAGGUUCCGGCUCGCCUGCUGCCUGUCCUCGUCGACGGACUUCUGAAACCUUGAUUACCUAUCAUCUCCAGGCAGCGGCAUUCUGCUGCCUUGAACGUCCAUCAUGGCCGAGCCUCCCGCCAAACGUCUUGACCACAAGAUGGAACCAGACAUAAUGGGAUCCAAAGGGGUUGAAGCGAUCGCGAACCAUGGUCGCAACCCCCCUUGCCUUGAUAUCGAAGCAGUCAAAGUGGAAUUGGUCUGCAACAUAUGUCUCGACGUUCCUAGCCAUGUAGCUACUGUCUUGCCCUGUCUCCACUCUUUCUGUUGGUGUUGCAUCGAGGAGUGGUUCAAAAAGCAUCGAAAGUGUCCCAGAUGCGCUCAGAGUGCCUCAUCCGCCAAGCCCAAUGCUGCUCUCAACAAUCUUGUUCAGGCCCUGGUUGAGGCUGAUCCUACUCUGGCCAAGCCGGAAGAGCUUAUUGCUCAGGAGGCUGAGAAGCUGUCCAAAUACAAGGCGCAGAAAUUAGGAACUGCAGUGCUGUACCCAUACACCGGAUAUGGGACCGAGGAUGACGAUAACGACUCUGACAUAGAGCCUGAUGACUUCCGUCACUAUUGGCCAUGUCCCUGCUGCUCACCCGGCAAUCGCAGCGGCUACGUCUGUGCAAAUCCUAUCCCGGUCCCUGCUGGCGCUGUAGGACUUGCAGGAGGGCCUUUGCGAGGAGGCGAGUGGCCUUCCAUAGACGAGGCUGAAGAUUUCCUGCCCUUCGACAAAGUCCUUGCGCACGCAGCAUGUGAGGCCUGCGGCAGUUGGGUACCUUCCAAUGGAGUGCCGGAGGCCCAAUGUGCCGGCUGCGAGGCCUUCAAUUGCUCCCCUUACGACUCUGAGGGCCUCUGCCCAGCCGAAGACGUCCAUACCAAAGUGGACAGCCAUUUUACAGUCUCAGACCCUGUUCUCGCGGCUGCACUCCGUACCGGUGGAUUCACCCCUACCGAAAGCGGUAGGAUCCAAAAGUAUAUGCAGGACAACAAUAUCUCUGUGCAAGACAUAGUCACAGCAGCUUGUGUGCAAGCUCGCGAACUUGUCGCUAGCAAAGAUUUCCAAAUGGAUGAACUUCAGACCGAGGAAGCUGUCAAAGAUGUUGCGGGGGAACCUCAAGCUCAGGCGGAACCUCGAGCAGAGACCCAAGAUCAAGAAGCACCUCAAGCUCAAGCAGAAGCAGAGCCUCAAGCUCAAGCAGAAGCAGAGCCUCAAGCUCAAGCAGAAGCAGAGCCUCAAGCUGAAGCUCCAGCAGCUGCUUACAAGGCCGAAGCUGUCUUAUGUCUGAUUAUGGCCAUGCACUCUAGAGAGUGCCGAUCACCGCUCUGCCAUACUCUCGACAUCGAUCGAGCUGUCGUUCUCCUCAACGCAUAUUUCUGCCUCGGUUGUGCUCGUCAUGCCGCCGCCCGGCUGGUCGCAUGGUGGUGGAGGGACAUCAGGGAGAACCAACGUGACAAAAUUCCGGAGACCAUCCUCAACUUGCCUGACUGCCCGCACGGUGAGAAGUGUACAAACCAGUGGGACGACGACGCUCACGCUCGAGCUUUCAAUCACUUCUGCAAGGAGAAGACUCUGGACCAGCCCCAAGACGCCAACGUUCCUGCCGCCGGGGAGCCUGAACAGGCUUAGCAGCUUCGCCAAAGUGCUUCAGGAGGAUCACCGUCUCCAGCAAGGCAGUCGAAUGGGGGUUUCGCUGUGCUGGCGAUAUAACAGAUGAGGCCCUUCCCCGAGAUAGCAGCGUCCCUUUUCAGUCUACCGCGAGUUUCCGUGAACCCCGCACGUCAUGU